AUGACGAUGACGACUGCUGGUCCGAUGAUAACGCUCUCAAAUGGCUUGAAAAUGCCUCAAGCAUAUCCAAAUGAAGUAGCGAAUGCGGUCCGAUGUGCACUAGAUGUCGGUUACCGCCUCAUCGAUACGGCCACUUGUUAUGGAAAUGAGAAGGAGAUUGGUGAUGUUGUGGCUGAAUAUGUGAAGAGCGGAAAAGUUAAACGCGAAGACUUAUUCAUCACUACAAAAUUGUGGUGUACACACAAUCGUCCAUCAGAAGUGGAGGGUCAAAUUCGAGAAUCGCUAUCGAAAUUACAAGUAGAUUAUAUUGAUCUUUAUUUAGCACACAUGCCUGCUACAUUUAAUGGUUUAGAAAGUGUCUAUAAAAAGGGUUUAGCGAAAGCGAUUGGUCUAUCAAAUGUGAACGCUGCCCAAGUAGAGCGUAUUCAGAAAACAGCCAGUAUACCCAUUCACAAUGUUCAAUGUGAAUGUUAUUUGUAUUUUCCACAACAUGAACUGGUUGAUACUUGUCGAAAGCAUAACAUCUCAUUCACCGCAUACGCACCAAUUGGCUCUCCUGGACGCGUUAAUUGGAAACUCCCAAGUGGCGCCAAAUUAGUUUGGGCCGAUGCAAAAAAUCCAUUAGAAAACGAUCUGGUCGUGGCUCUUGCCAAAAAAUACGACAAAACAAGUGCACAGAUACUGCUUCGUAAUCUCUUACAGCGUGGCAUAGCCAUUAUACCAAAGAGUACGAAUGAUAAGCGCAUCAAAGAGAACUUCAGUAUAUUCGAUUUCAAGUUAACUGAUGAUGAAAUGAAGCAGUUAAACGAUAUCAAACAUCGACAACGUCUUUUCUUCCAAGAUUUCAUGGAAGGGCAUCCAGAAGAUCCGUUCAAAGAAGAACGUCAUUAA